AUGACGGAUGUUCAAGUAGAUGAAAAUAGUACAUCAAAUUCUACUUCUGCGGGCAUGGCAGCAAAAGGAAAAGAGACAGAAUUGAAAUCGACUGCUGAGAGUAAUAAGCCACCAAACUACAAGAGGAUUUCUGAUGAUGAUUUAUAUAGGCACUCUUCCCAGUACAGAAUGUGGUCGUACACUAGAGACCAACUUCAGGAGAAAAGGAUAGACACUAAUGCCCGAGCGAUUGCCUACAUUGAGGAAAAUUUAUUGAAAUUUAGAGAAACGCAUGAUCUAACAGAGGAAGAAAUAAAAGUACUAGAAGCAAAAGCUAUACCUUUAACAAUGGAAGAAGAGCUUGAUUUGGUGAAUUUUUACGCAAAAAAAGUCCAAGUGAUAGCCCAGCAUCUAAAUUUGCCAACUGAGGUAGUGGCUACCGCAAUAUCUUUUUUUAGACGGUUCUUUCUAGAAAACUCUGUUAUGCAGAUAGAUCCUAAAAGUAUUGUACAUACAACAAUCUUUUUAGCCUGUAAAUCGGAAAAUUAUUUCAUUAGUGUAGAUUCAUUUGCUCAAAAAGCUAAAUCUACUAGAGAAAGUAUCCUCAAAUUCGAGUUUAAGUUGUUAGAAUCGUUAAAAUUUUCACUGUUGAAUCAUCAUCCUUACAAACCGCUUCAUGGGUUUUUUUUAGAUAUCCAGAAUGUCCUUUAUGGUAAGGUCGAUUUAAACUACAUGGGUCAAAUAUAUGAUAGGUGUAAGAAGAGAAUUACUGCCGCAUUAUUAACCGAUGUCGUAUAUUUCUAUACUCCACCUCAAAUAACGCUAGCGACAUUAUUGAUUGAGGAUGAAGCUUUGGUCACAAGGUAUUUAGAAACGAAAUUUCCCGGUAGUGAAGAUGGCCAAGAAUCAGUACCAGGAAACGGAAAAGAAGAAGCACAAGAUGAUCCUAAUACAACAGAGAAAAGCAAAGAGAAAAAUACAGAGAACGAAAAACAUCCGAUAGAUUCUUCGAAAUUGCUAGGCAUAAUACGCGAAUGUAAAAGCAUUAUUGAAGAAUCCAAACCCCUGGGCACUGAAGAAGCCAAGAAAAUUGCAGCAAAAAAUUAUUAUUGUCAAAAUCCAUCAACCCUGAUUCAGAAAUUAAAAAGAAAAAUGAAUGGAGAAGACACUUCCACUGCUGAGAAAAGGCAGAAAUUAUAA